GGAAGUCUCUGCCACUCUCUGUUACGCAGUUUCAGAGAAACGAAACAUUACUCAAUCUCUUUCACAAAAACGAAACUUAGCACUGUGUCUGUCAGAAAGGCACAGACAAAAUCUGUCUCUGCCAGAGAAACAAAGCUUAACUUUCUCAGUGUGAGCAGUGAAAUGGCUGAGGCUAAUACCUUGGUGGAUCAGGACCAGUUCAGCUGUUCAAUCUGUCUGGAUAUACUGAAGGAUCCGGUGACUAUUCCCUGUGGACAUAGUUACUGUAUGGGCUGUAUUAAGGACUGCUGGGAUCAGGAUGAUCAUAUUGGUGUCUACAGCUGUCCCCAGUGCAGACAGACCAUCACCCCAAGGCCUGUUCUGGGCAGAAACACCAUGCUGGCUGAAGUGGUGGAGAAACUGAAGAAGACAGGACUCCAAGCUGCUCCUCCUGCUCACUGUUAUGCUGGACCUGGAGACGUGGUGUGUGAUAUCUGUACUGGGAGAAAGCACAAAGCCAUCAAGUCCUGUCUGGUGUGUCUGGCAUCUUACUGUGAAAUUCACCUCCAGCGUCACUAUGAAUCUCCUCCUCUUAAGAAACACAAACUGGUCAAAGCCACUGGAAACCUGCAGGAGAAGAUCUGCUCUAAUCACGACAAACUGCUGGAGGUUUUCUGUCGUAGCGAUCAGCAGUGUAUCUGUCUGCUGUGUGCGAUGGAUGAACACAGAGGCCAUGAUACAGUCUCAGUGGUAGCAGAAAGGACUGAGAAACAGAAGCAGCUGGGGGUGACACAGAGUAAGUUCCAGCAGAGAAUCCAGGAGAGAGAGAAGGAGCUGCAGGAUCUGAGACAGGCUGUGCAGUCACUCAAGCGCUCUGCACAGACAGCAGUGGAGGACAGUGAGAGGAUCUUUACUGAGCUGAUCCGCUCCAUUGAGAGAAGGCGCUCUGAGGUGAAAGAGCUGAUCAGAGAUCAGGAGAAGGCUGAAGUGAGUCGGGCUGAAGGACUCCUGGAGCGACUGGAGCAGGAGAUUGCUGAGCUGAGGAGGAGAGAGGCUGAGCUGGAGCAGCUUUCACACACAGAGGAUCACAUCCAUUUCCUCCAGAGCUGUCAGUCCCUCUGUGCCCCUCCUGGACCUGGAGACUUACCCAGCAUCACUGUCAGUCCAAACGUCUCUUUUGAGGCUGUGAGGAAAUCUGUCUCUGAACUGAAAGAGCGACUGGAGGAUGUUUUCAAGGCGGAGUUCAAAGUUUGUGGAAGAGUGGAAGAAGUCUCUGUUCUAGAGCCCCAGACCAGACAGGACUUCUUACAAUUCUGGGACCGAACUCCAUCCUCCAAGAUGACAACGCUCGCCCCCACAGAGCGGGGUUUAUCAGAGACUCCCUCCAGAAUUUGGGAGUAG